GGAUGGGAAAGCGGCGGUCGUGGCGGCGAGAGCUCCAGCCCCGAUCUCCCGCUCGGCUGCUCGGUGGCACGGCACGUACCGCGUGUUGCGGCGUGGGGGCUUUUAGUGAUAGCGUCGGGGAAGGAGGGACAGCCGCGAGGUCGUUUGUGUUGGUGCCCCGAGAGGAAGGGUUGGGUUGGGGUCAGCGAGGCGGAGGCGCUGGCGGCAGCGGGGUAGGAGGAGCCGCGUGGCCGCAGCAGACCUUUGUGUAGGGUCUGUUUUGCUGUCCCCAGGUCAGACUUAUUUUAGACUUGGGCUUUCUUAGUCUGCUCUGAGCAGAACGCAGGCCGUAACUCUGGCGUGCCCAGAAACACCCCACACCCACACCAGUGCCUUCCAUCAGCCUCUGUGCCUGCCGGGAGCUGCUAAAAGCCCUUUUACCCCCACCGGGUUCACGCCGGGUUCGGCGCGGCCCCAGUGCGGUGCGGAGGUGCGGGCAAGGCAUUGCUCGCCCUUUGUGUUUACUCUUCGAGCCGAACCGGUGAUAGAAGCGGGACUUGGCACGGGUGCAGAUAUCCAUAGGAAGAAAAGGAAUGGUGGGAGAUAGGCAGGGCUGGGAGGCGAGGCUUGGGAGAGCGCUGUCCUGCUGCCUGUUUUCUAAGCAGUAAUUUUAGAAAACGGCACUGUUUUAUGCUUUUGGUGUUUUGUUUUUGGUUUUUUUUUCUGUCACUUCUUAAUGUUUACUCAAAAAGAAGAAAGAUGGGAGCGCUGUGUGAUGGUACAGUGAGAUCUGGUGUUCAGUUUCCAUUUACCUGCACAGCAGAGCUACGAGUUGGUUUGGCACCUUUUGGUUGGGUUCUCGCGUGGCACGCUCAAGUGGGUGUCUAAACAUCAUUAGCAAAGGGCGUUCUUAAAAUCCUAAUGCAAACCCCAUUAUUUUCAGUGCGGCUUUGUGUUUUAACAGGAGUUAUUUAUCAGCUGCUUACAAAACACAAAUUGCCACAAUUAAGAGGAAAUGAACUUAAUUUUGAUGGACAUUUUCCCACGUUCCUCUUCCCCUUCACUGGGGAAACGGCACAGAUGGGUGCACUGUACCCCCCGGCUGCACACCCUGGGCAUGCCGUGUGCUUUGGGUUUGGUUUGCAGACGUGGGGCAGCAGCCUGCGGUCAGGUGAACCUCAUGUGGGCUGUGGCCACGAUUUCCUGCCAGCAACAAAGGAGACAGUGCAUCAGUGGGAAAUGGAAAAGGAUGAAGUCUUUGCAGCUGUGCACUGCCUUGCUGAAAGCAUCCCAGCUCCCAGUGAGCCAUGUUAACUUUUACGGCUGAUGGAUAAAACCGGUUCUGUUAUCUUCUGAAAACAGAAAUACCCCAUCCUUUUUUCUCUUCCAUUUUUGCAAAUUCAGGGAUACGUUUGAGCUCUGACACCCGCUGCCAAUGGUGUUCCUUUCGUAACAAAUAUCGGUUUUAAUAUUAUGCAUUUGGUAAUCUAGUUUACCCUUCAUGAAGAUUUUGUGGCACGUUCUGACGCAUACGGGGAUAGAUUUAGCACCAUAAACCGUUCCCGUUCUGCUUAUCUAAUUCUCAUUGACACCUAUGGAUAUGGAGCAGCGGAUCUGGGGCAGCCCGAGAUGGAUCCUUCUCCCACUGACACCGCUAUAGAUUGGAGUUGCUCCCCAAUACCCGACCCCCAAUGCACGUUUCUUGCUGAAGGGCAGCGGCUCGGGGCUGAUUUAUACUUCUCACCUCCAGGUGAGAGCGGGAGGCUCCGACAGAGCUCUGGGAAAUGCGGGCAGCUCGUUGUCGGGAAGGAGGUAGUGAAUGGGGCUGUGGGCCGCGGGGCUGGCUGUAACGUCCUCCUUUGCCCCUGCAGAUAUGCCCUGUGUGCAAGCGCAGUAUAGCCCUUCGCCGCCUGGUUCGAGUUAUGCAGCUCAGACCUACGCGUAUGGCUCGGAGUACAGCUCGGAGAUCAUGAACCCGGACUAUGGCAAGCUGAGCAUGGAGCUGAGCGGCACCGAGAUCACCGCCACUGCCACCACCUCCCUCCCCAGCUUCAGCACCUUCAUGGAGGGUUACUCCGGCAGCUACGAGCUCAAGCCUUCCUGCCUCUACCAAAUGCAAUCCGCCUCCUCCGGCCAGAGGCCCCUCAUCAAGAUGGAAGAUGCCCGGCUCUCCACCUACCAGCCCUCGCUGCCACCCUCGGUGGACGAGAGCAUGCCCAGCACCUCUAUGUACUUCAAGCAGUCGCCACCCUCCACGCCCACCACGCCCGGCUUCCCCCCGCACCAGAGCCUGUGGGACGAGCCCCCGCUGCCUCCCACACAGACCUGCCUGCCCCCCGGCCACCUGAUGGAGGCCGCCCCCAUGAAGACUGCGCCUCCGCGCUUCCCCCUCUUCCACUUCAAGCACUCUCCUCCCCACACGCCGCCGGCGGGCCCCCACAUGUGCUACGACCCGGCCUCCCUGAGCUUGCCGCUGGGCUCCGACAGAUCGCCAGCCGGCCAGGCGCCCAUGGAGAGCCACUCCUACGGGCUGCCCUUGGCCAAGCGGCCGGCCACCUUAGCCUUCUCACCGCUCGGCCUCAACGCGGCCGCCUCUGGCCUCAUGGGCGAGGCCAGCGGUGGUGGUGGUGGCGGGCUGCCCUCUCCGCCCAGCAGGAGUUCCUCGUCUGGGGAGGGCACGUGCGCCGUCUGCGGGGACAACGCUGCCUGCCAGCACUACGGCGUGCGGACCUGCGAGGGCUGCAAGGGCUUCUUCAAGAGGACGGUUCAGAAAAAUGCAAAAUAUGUUUGUCUGGCAAACAAGAACUGUCCGGUGGACAAGAGACGCCGUAACAGAUGUCAGUACUGCCGCUUUCAGAAGUGUCUCAGCGUCGGCAUGGUGAAAGAAGUCGUCCGCACGGACAGCCUGAAAGGGAGAAGAGGUCGGCUGCCUUCCAAACCAAAGAGCCCCCUGCAGCAGGAACCUUCGCAGCCCUCCCCGCCUUCUCCUCCCAUCAGCAUGAUGAACGCCCUCGUACGAGCUUUAACCGACUCCACGCCCAGGGAGCUCGACUAUUCACGAUACUGUUCCACCGACCAGGCUGCUGCAGGCACAGAUGCAGAACAUGUACAACAGUUCUAUAAUCUUCUGACUGCCUCCAUUGACAUAUCCAGAGGCUGGGCAGAAAAAAUUCCAGGAUUUACUGACCUCCCAAAAGAAGAUCAGACAUUACUCAUAGAAUCAGCUUUUUUGGAGCUGUUUGUACUAAGACUCUCCAUCAGGUCUGAUACUGCUGAGGAUAAGUUUGUAUUCUGCAAUGGACUUGUGCUUCAUAGACUUCAGUGCCUUCGUGGAUUUGGGGAGUGGCUCGACUCUAUUAAAGACUUUUCCUUAAACUUAAAGAGCCUUAACCUUGAUAUCCCAGCCUUAGCAAGUUUAUCAGCUCUAACUAUGAUAACAGAACGACAUGGCUUAAAAGAACCAAAGAAAGUGGAAGAGCUAUGCAACAAGAUCACAAGCAGUUUGAAAGAUCACUUAACUUUCAGUUGCCAAAACAAAGGACAGCCGCUCGAGUCCGCAGAGCCUAAGGUACUGGGUGUUCUUGCUGACUUGCGUUCUCUCUGCACACUGGGACUGCAGCGCAUCUUUUACCUGAAACUGGAAGACUUGGUGCCAGCUCCUUCCAUUAUCGACAGGCUGUUUCUGGACACCUUGCCCUUCUGAGUCCAGCCACCCUCCUGAAAGGCAAAUGCCCACCAGAGCAGGCAAACGGAUCGUGACUUACCGCUAACAUUUCUGCCCUCACUUAACAGAAAAGCAGCUCCAGCUCUAAAAUGAGGUCUUUUCUGGCGCUUUGUCCUUACAACAUGAGGCCUAAAACUUACUGGCUUACUGUUUUGGGGUUGUGUUCUUUGUUUUUCUUUUUUUUUUUUCUUUUUUUUUUUCUUUUUUUUUUUGAGUAUUUUUUUGUGUGUGUGUGUGUGCGUGACUUGGGUUUUUUAAACGGCUAAUAUGGCACUUUUGGACAAUGCUAUCCCAGCAGCAGUAAAAGGUUAACACGACUGUUUCAAACCUGUUGUUUAACACCUCAUGGGACAUGAGGAAUACAGUGGUAGAAGAUGUGUGUUUGAAAUCAAGAACAGCAAGUAGUUGUUUGCCAGGGUAGUAUGUGUUUCGUGAGGAUACCGUUAGCAUACUUCCUGCAUCAAGGGCACAUACAUCAGCACAAUCGAAACAAAAAUCUCACUUUUUUAACAAAGUACAUUCAAUUGAACAUUUCAUAUAAAUCCAAUAUAGCAAAAUGACGAUGGCUGUUAGCUCCCAUGUUCAAGUGCAAUUUUUUAAAGUGCUGUCUUACUAAGUCUUGUUUAUUAACUAAUUUAUUUUAAUAUGAAAAUAAAAGGAAGAAACCAAGUGAGAAACUGACGUGCACUAACUUACAUGACAGAGUUUUCCAAACUUGACUCCGUGUAGCGUGACGUACUGACAAAUGUCUGUGGGAGACACGGGAACGACCACGGCUCAGUUGUUCCCUAGACAAGGAAAUGCAAGUAAGUAGUGGCUGGAGCGCACAGGGUCAGCAUCAGGGAUAGUUUGCCUUUAGACUUUAACAGAAGUACCUGGUUAGUAAACAGACGCACGAUGGGUUUCAAGAACAAGCAAGUCUUGUAAAAUAGUAUGAAUGUAAGUGCUAGGAAGGAUAUAGUGAGCUGCGUUUAAACAUUCCGUGUUCGUACUCCUUUUUGUAUGUUUAUACUGUUGAUGCCAUAUUAAUAUGAAAUAAUUUGUUGCAUAGUGUCUUUAUUUGUAUAAACGUUUGUAUGCAUGGUAUAUUGUAUUGGCUUUGCCUGUAUUUAUUGCAAUGACUGCCAGCUCGUAGGAGCCCUGUUACACACGAUAAGGAAAUGGGGUGUUCACACUGACUCAGAUACACCAGUUGGAAAACUAUAUACAUAUAUAUAAUGUGUAUAUAUAUAUAUGUAUAUACCUAUAUUUGUGUGUGUGUGCGUGAGCGUGCGCGUGUCUUUUUAUUAACCAUUUGUAUAUAAAAUAUCUGUCAGAUCACAAGCAGAGCUAUUUUACAGUUCAUUUGCAGUGACUUCUAAGGCAGUACUGUUUAGCACUUUGAUAUUAAAAUCUUGCUCAUGUUUUGCUAAAUUCAAAUAAUAUUUAAAGAUUUUAGUUCUAAAAAAAAACUUUAUAUGCACUGUAUUAAGUCAAAAUUUUGUUGGUCAUUUUGCUAAGGAAAUUUUUGAAUGUCAACCUGAUGUCACUGUAUCUUUUGUUAGCUUUAAACAUUCUAGCUUUUGUCUUUUUUUAAACUAUGCUGUUUAUAUGGAAAUUAAAUUAUACAAUCAAACAGAUGCCAAAUGAAUUGCCUAAUUGCUGCAAAGGAUAACCCAGAUAUCGAGUCACUGUAUGGUUUUCAAAUAGUAAUCUGGUAUUUUAUCACUUACUAUGUUUGGAUGUGCUUUUAUGAAAAAAUUAUUCUUAUAUCAAGAUUUAUAGUAGUGUCAAUAGGGAAACAGACUUCUAAUCACUAUAGUUAAUAUUUCCGGUUUACCUGCAGAUAAUAUUUGGAAAAGUAUUGCUUUUUGUAUUGACUUUUAAGCUUAUGUGCAAACAUAAUAGCAUAAUUAAAUAUCAGAGAAGCUAAUGUUUCUUGUAGGUUGCUGUAACAAGCCUGACCAGCAAGACAAAUAUAUUUUGACUGAACUUGCUUUUGUAUAUACUAGAUAUAUAUAUAUACAUAUAUAUAUAUACACACAAUCACACACAUGUGCGCAUACAAAAACAUACAGAAGCCGAAUCAGAAAGUAUGUUUACCUUUGUCUCCUUGUGUCAGACACAAGGUCCCUUGGGAAAUCACUUCUGCCUAGGGACAGAGCCUGCCAGGCGCUGAGCAUCAGUGAAGGGGUCCCGGGCGCUCCUUGUGAGCAGGCCCCUCCACUGAGUUUUCAGCACAGUACAGUGACAUUGCUUUUUGUCGGGCGAGGUUUAUUUAUUCAGUGGGAUGUGAAUGGAGGGAGCAGGUCCAGAGCCCCACGUGAGAUUUCAUGUAGCUGGUGUGCUUUAGUCUUCCAUGGAUAGUCUUAACUGUGAUACUCUCCCAUUCCCGUCACCUACCGAACCGUCCUUCAUUUCAACUCCAGUGCACAGACCCAUCGUAGAGUGCAGCCAGUGACAGGUCACGAUGGUGAAAGAAGAAUUAAUGCAGAAUAAAUCUCCUACCUUCCUCACAGCUCUCUCAGUGUGAACAUGCCUUUUUCUAGGCAGAAUUCAGGAAUAUAUCAGGUGUUAAGGGAGAGUGCCUUGCUUUUGUUUCAGACAACAGUGUUUCAAGAGUUUCUUCACUCCGCUAACUGCAGUACUUUCUUCUUUUUCCUUUUUUUUUUCUCCUUUUUGUGGUGUUAACCUGUGGGUUGAAAGAAACGCUCUUGUACAUAUACAAUGUAAAUUAAAAUUAUUAAAUUGAAUAACGUUUUUUUCA